UUCACCACGCUUAACUUAACUUACACAGACACGAAGUGGCAUAUUUCCUUCACAGGAAAAAAACUUGAUUUGAAGCCUUGGUAUGCAACCAAAUUAUAUAAAAUUAUAGAGAAUUGAACAAGCAGUGUCUUGGUUGGUGAUUGGUGUAAACCCUUUGGAAGUUGGAACUUUAAUGAAAGGCAUUCACUUUCCUCAGGUGUCUUCACAAAUGCAGAUUUUAAUAGCGUUUUUAGAUUUUGAAUGAUCACAGAAAAGCGGAAUGGUGAAAUUAGAGGAUUUGGCAACCCCUCCCCCCCUCUUUUUAUAAUUUUUUAAACUUGAUUCCACUGCUAGAAUGAUGUACAGUUUCGCACCGAGAAAGAAAACCACAAUCACCGAAAGGCUAAAGUCAAGCGACAAAAGCCCCUUAUCCAGCCGUAAAACACGCGUCAUUCGUCGAAACUACUGGCAAAGACCAGACACAACAUACGACAGCAACAAGCGACGAUUGAAAUUCAGCGUUUCCGGAACAGUUUACGAAACUUAUGAAAAAACUCUAAAUCAAUUCCCCGAGACGACACUCGGCAGCCCGCUUCUGAGGAAUGAAUAUUACGAUGCAUCAAAUAACAUUUAUGUUCUACCAUGUGAUAAAUUUGCAUUUGACGCAAUACUUUUCUAUUACCAGUCAAAUGGUAUUCUUUCUCGACCGCAAACAGUCGCAGGUGACGUUUUUCGAGAAGAAUUAAAAUUCUUCAGAAUCAAAGACCACAGAUUUCCGUGUUUGGAAGAGUCGGGUGAACAGUCUAAAGCAAGAUACAGUGACGACAAUUUCAAAAGCAAAGUUUGGACGUUCUUAGAGAAUCCUUCAUCCAGCAUUUGUGCAAAGAUCUUUAGCUACAUAACAAUAUUUCUUAUUAUUUUCGGUGUUUGCAUAUAUAUACUUGAAACGUUGCCUGAGUUUUCCAAGACAGCAAAUGAUGCAAACAGUGUUGAAGGAGCGAAACCGAGCUUGCUAACAUCCUGGUUUUAUAUGGAAACUGUUUGCAUUGUAUGGUUUUCUCUAGAGUAUGUACUUCGAAUCAUCUUCGCUCCAAGUUCGUGGCAAUUCGUGAAAUCACCUUUCGGAUUGCUAGACCUCAUUGCAAUAGUUCCUUUUUACACAAAGCUAGUCAUCGAAGAAUCCGUCGGUGUGGAUUCGUUGAUCGUCGUAAGAUUAGUUCGGAUAGUUAAAUCCCUUCGUUUACUAAAGAUAUCAAGGUAUUAUUCUGGAUUGCAGGUAUUUGCACGUGCGGUACACGACUGUCGAGAAAAACUACGCGCAUUAGCAAUGUGUAUUCUUAUUGUUGUUAUUCUAUUCUCUACAUUCAUGUUCCACGCCGAAAGCUUUCAGGAAAAUGAACAUACGUCAGAGUUCAAAAGCAUUCCCGAUACAUUUUGGUAUACAAUCAUUACCAUGGUAACAGUUGGUUAUGGUGACGUUGUUCCCAAAACUAUUGUAGGAAAAAUUCUCGGAAGCUAUUGUGCAAUAAUUGGCCUCAUUAUUCUCUAUUGUUUACCGACACCAAUUGUCGUUUUACACUUUAAUAAACUGUACAAGGAGUAUGUCAAAUCAAGUGGAAAGGAGAUAAGUAAGAAAGAAAAAGCUUUGGUAAUUGCUAGAAGUUGAUAAAUAUAGAACGAAAUAUAUAAUUGUCGAUAGAUAAGAACAAUUACACACAGUUUGAAAUUACUGGUGGCAGUUGAUUGACUAUGAAAGGCAAUGACAUCUCACAUAAAAGUCAAUACAUUGUGCAUUGAUUAUAAUGGAUAACAGUUGACAAUAGAUGUUUUUGUAGGAUCGCUAGAGGGAGCACUUUUCCCUUGCUCCAUAAGUUACAAUAGAAAAGUCUGCAGUAAAACUGUAAGGAGUAUUCUCUGAUAUCGCUUGCAAUACAAGGACAAAUAUGAACCCUGCAAAAAUUUUUUAGGUUGA